UUCCUGUCAGCGGCGGCGGCGGUGGCGGCGACCGUCAGUUUUCGCUGAGGAGAAGCUCGAAACGGACCCGUUGGCUCUCCCCCCUCCCUUUCCCCGCCCUGAGCCCCCCUCCUGGCUCGCCGGGAAUUAAUCCCCGUGGAGUUUCCCCUCCGCCUCGCUGCCGUUUCCUCGGUCCUCGGGCCGGUGGAAGUCACUGCCCUCGAGGAGGAGGCAGCAGCAGCCGCCCUCGCCUCGCCUCGCCGCCCCCGGUUCGGUGCCUGCGGUCCCGGAGAGGAGGUGCCGCCGCCACCGCCGCUCCCCCCCUCCCGCUGCCCUCGGGCCGGGCUGGGUCGAGCUGCGAUGCCCUCGGACUUCAUCUCAUUGCUCAGCGCGGACCUAGACCUGGAAUCGCCCAAGUCCCUGUACUCGCGAGAUUCUCUGAAGUUACACCCAUCACAGAAUUUUCAUAGAGCUGGACUAUUGGAAGAAUCUGUCUAUGAUCUUCUCCCAAAGGAGUUACAGUUACCUCCAUCUAGAGAAACAUCUGUAGCAUCAAUGAGUCAGACAAGUGGUGGUGAGGCAGGCUCGCCUCCUCCAGCUGUAGUUGCUGCUGAUGCUUCUUCAGCUCCCUCCUCUUCCUCCAUGGGCGGUGCUUGCAGCUCCUUUACCACCUCUUCCAGCCCUACCAUUUAUUCUACCUCAGUCACCGACAGCAAGGCUAUGCAAGUGGAGAGCUGCUCCUCAGCCUUGGGGGUAAGUAACAGAGGGGUAAGUGAAAAGCAGUUAACCAGUAACACAGUUCAGCAGCAUCCGUCAACACCGAAGAGGCACACAGUCUUGUACAUCUCACCACCACCUGAGGACUUGCUGGAUAACAGUCGGAUGUCCUGCCAGGAUGAGGGGUGUGGAUUGGAAUCAGAGCAGAGCUGCAGUAUGUGGAUGGAGGAUUCCCCCUCCAACUUCAGUAACAUGAGCACCAGUUCCUACAAUGAUAACACUGAGGUACCUCGUAAAUCACGAAAACGAAAUCCAAAGCAGAGGCCGGGGGUCAAACGACGAGAUUGUGAAGAAUCUAAUAUGGAUAUAUUUGAUGCCGACAGUGCCAAAGCACCUCACUAUGUGCUUUCUCAGCUUACCACGGACAACAAAGGCAACUCAAAAGCAGGAAAUGGAACAUUGGAAAACCAAAAAGGAGGUGGAGUAAAGAAGAGCCCUAUGUUGUGUGGACAGUAUCCUGUUAAAAGUGAGGGGAAGGAGCUGAAGAUAGUUGUACAGCCUGAGACCCAGCACCGAGCUCGGUACCUGACUGAGGGUAGCCGUGGCUCAGUAAAGGAUAGAACACAGCAAGGCUUUCCCACAGUAAAGCUGGAAGGCCAUAAUGAGCCAGUAGUGUUGCAGGUGUUUGUGGGUAAUGACUCUGGUCGAGUGAAACCACAUGGAUUUUAUCAGGCCUGCAGGGUAACUGGGCGAAAUACAACUCCUUGUAAAGAAGUGGACAUUGAAGGCACUACUGUUAUAGAAGUUGGUCUUGAUCCAAGCAACAACAUGACACUGGCGGUGGACUGCGUAGGGAUAUUGAAAUUGAGGAACGCUGAUGUUGAAGCCAGAAUAGGAAUUGCUGGUUCCAAGAAAAAAAGCACUCGUGCCAGAUUGGUUUUUAGAGUUAAUAUCACAAGGAAAGAUGGCUCCACUUUGACACUGCAAACACCCUCUUCUCCGAUUUUAUGUACUCAGCCAGCAGGAGUGCCAGAAAUCUUAAAGAAAAGCUUGCAUAGCUGUUCGGUGAAAGGAGAGGAAGAAGUAUUUUUAAUCGGCAAGAACUUUCUGAAAGGAACUAAAGUUAUUUUCCAAGAAAAUGUUUCUGAUGAAAACUCUUGGAAGUCAGAAGCUGAAAUUGACAUGGAAUUAUUUCAUCAGAAUCAUCUUAUUGUGAAGGUUCCCCCAUAUCAUGACCAACAUAUAACUUUGCCAGUAUCAGUGGGAAUAUAUGUAGUGACCAAUGCUGGAAGAUCUCACGAUGUUCAGCCAUUCACUUACACUCCAGACCCAGCGGCAGCUGGUGUUUUGAAUGUAAACGUGAAGAAAGAAAUAUCUAGUCCUUCAAGACCUUGCUCUUUUGAAGAGGCCAUGAAAGCAAUGAAAACUACUGGUUGUAACUUAGAUAAGGUAAAUAUUCUUCCUAAUGCUCUGAUCACUCCACUCAUAUCAAGCAGUAUGAUUAAGAGUGAAGAUGUUACUCCAAUGGAAGUAACAGCAGAAAAAAGAUCUUCCCCCAUCUUUAAGACUACAAAGACAGUUGGAUCAACUCAACAAACAUUAGAAAAUAUCUCUAACAUACCAGGAAAUGGGUCUUUUUCAUCAUCAUCCUCUUCCCACUUACCUUCUGAAAAUGAAAAGCAGCAGCAGAUUCAGCCCAAGACAUACAACCCAGAGACCCUGACAACUAUCCAAACACAGGACAUUUCACAGCCUGGUACCUUUCCAGCAGUUUCUGCUCCUAGUCAGCUGCCCAACAGUGAUGCACUGCUGCAGCAGGCUACCCAGUUUCAGACCAGAGAAACUCAGUCCAGAGAAGUGCUACAGUCAGAUGGUACAGUGGUUAAUUUGUCACACCUGACCGAAUCAUCCCAGCAACAGCAGCAGUCACCACUGCAAGAACAAGCGCAGACUUUACAGCAGCAGAUUUCAUCCAAUAUUUUCCCAUCACCGAAUAGCGUGAGUCAGCUACAGAAUACGAUUCAGCAUUUGCAAGCCGGAAGUUUUACAGGCAGUACUGCUAGUGGCAGCAGUGGAAAUGUUGACUUGGUCCAACAAGUUUUAGAGGCACAACAACAGUUAUCUUCAGUUUUAUUUUCUGCUCCAGAUGGUAAUGAGAAUGUUCAAGAACAGCUUAGUGCAGACAUUUUUCAACAAGUCAGUCAAAUUCAAAAUAGCGUAAGCCCUGGAAUGUUUUCCUCAACAGAGCCAGCAGUCCAUGCUAGACCAGAUAAUUUAAUAGCUGGAAGAGCCGAAAGUGUUCACCCACCGACUGAAAACACAUUGUCCAGUCAACAGCAGCAACAGCAACAGCAACAAGUGAUGGAAUCAUCAGCCGCGAUGGUCAUGGAGAUGCAGCAGAGUAUCUGCCAGGCAGCUGCCCAGAUCCAGUCCGAGUUAUUUCCUUCACCUGCGUCAGCAAAUGGGAACCUUCAGCAAUCUCCAGUUUACCAGCAGACUUCUCACAUGAUGAGUGCAUUAUCCACCAAUGAGGAUAUGCAAAUGCAGUGUGAAUUGUUUUCUUCUCCACCUGCAGUUUCUGGAAAUGAAACUGCUACAACCACCACACAACAGGUUGCAACCCCUGGCACGACCAUGUUUCAGACAUCAAGCUCAGGAGAUGGAGAAGAAACUGGUGCACAAGCAAAGCAGAUUCAGAACAGUGUCUUUCAGACCAUGGUCCAAAUGCAACAUAGUGGGGACAGUCAACCUCAAGUUAACCUUUUUUCAUCUACGAAAAGUAUGAUGAGUGUGCAGAAUAAUGGGACUCAGCAACAAGGUAAUGGUUUAUUCCAGCAAGGUAAUGAGAUGAUAUCACUCCAGUCUGGGAAUUUUUUGCAGCAGUCUUCUCAUUCACAGGCUCCACUUUUUCAUCCUCAGAAUCCUAUUGCUGAUGCUCAGAACCUCUCCCAGGAAACUCAAGGUUCUAUUUUCCACAGCCCAAGUCCUAUUGUCCACAGUCAGGCUUCUACAACGUCCUCUGAACAAAUGCAACCUCCAAUGUUUCAUUCUCAGAGUACCAUGGCUGUGCUCCAGGGCUCUUCUGUUCCUCAAGACCAGCAGUCGGCCAACCUGUUUCUUUCCCAGAGUCCAAUGAAUAAUCUUCAAAGUAACACAGUAGCCCAAGAAGAACAGAUUUCAUUUUUUGCAGCUCAGAACUCAAUUUCUCCACUUCAGUCAACAUCUAACACUGAGCAGCAAGCUGCUUUCCAACAGCAGGCUCCAAUAUCACACAUCCAGACCCCUAUGCUUUCCCAGGAACAGACACAACCCUCCCAGCAAGGUAUGUUCCAGCCUCAGGUGUCCCUGGGCUCCCUGCCUCCUAAUCCAAUGCCUCAGAACCAACAAGGAACAAUCUUCCAGUCUCAGCACCCAAUAGUCGCUAUCCAGAGUAACUCUCCGUCCCAGGAGCAGCAGCAGCAGCAGCAACAGCAGCAGCAACAGCAGCAGCAGCAGAGCAUUUUGUUCAGUAAUCAGAAUACCAUGGCCACAAUGGCAUCUCAGAAGCAGCCACCACCAAACAUGAUGUUCAACCCAAAUCAAAAUCCAAUGGCUAAUCAGGAGCAACAGAACCAGUCCAUCUUUCACCAACAAAAUAAUAUGGCCCCAAUGAAUCAAGAGCAGCAGCCCAUGCAAUUUCAGAACCAGCCUACAGUUUCCUCUCUUCAGAACCCAGGUCCUACCCAGUCUGAGUCGCCACAAACCUCCUUGUUCCAUAGCUCUCCUCAGAUUCAGUUGGUCCAAGGGUCACCCAGUUCUCAAGAGCCGCAAGUAACACUGUUCCUCUCUCCAGCAUCCAUGUCUGCUUUGCAGACCAGUAUGAACCAACAAGACAUGCAGCAGUCUCCUCUUUAUUCCCCUCAGAACAACAUGCCUGGAAUCCAAGGAGCCACAUCUUCACCUCAGCCACAGGCGACUUUAUUUCACAAUACUACUGGAGGCACAAUGAACCAACUACAGAAUUCUCCUGGCUCAUCUCAGCAGACUUCCGGAAUGUUCUUAUUUGGCAUUCAAAAUAACUGUAGUCAGCUUUUAACUUCUGGACCAGCUACAUUGCCAGAUCAGUUGAUGGCCAUAAGUCAGCCAGGCCAACCCCAGAAUGAGGGCCAGCCACCUGUGACAACACUUCUUUCUCAGCAAAUGCCAGAGAAUUCUUCACUAGCAUCCUCUAUAAACGCCAACCAGAAUAUUGAAAAGAUUGAUUUGCUUGUUUCAUUGCAAAACCAAGGGAACAACCUGACUGGCACCUUUUAACUGGAUGAAAAUUCCAUGAAGAAAAUUCUGAUUCCAAGAUGUCCUGAGAUCCUGUGAUUCCAUGAGGAUUUUUGAACUGUUACUUUAAAAACAAAACAAAGUAUGAAAAACUGUGACUGAGUAAAUGGAUAGAUUUUACUCUUACUGCAAAAGAGCACAUCUAUGCUGCCUGUUGCAGUGAUUAGCCACCAUCGUUAACAUCUUCAUAUUUUAUAUUCCUAAUAACAGUGAUGACUGAGAAUCUAUUUGAGUUUCCAGCUGACAGAAUUAAUUGUUGCUAUUUUCCUAGGCGCUGUUUCUUUAAAAGUACAGUUUAAAUCCAAAAGCUGGACUGCUCAGUUAUUAUUGCUAUUAGAAAGUAAUUCAUAAUGUCAUGUUUACUUUUGUUCUUUAUUCAUAUUUUCUUUCCUGCAUUGUUUUAGUCAAGUAAUGGCUUUGAGGGAAAAAGGAAAGUUCAAAUAGUAACUAAAACUAACGCUGUGAUUUUUCAAUAUAAAAAGCACAGCUAUUGGCCAAAGUGAAGGAAUCUUUUUUCGUUUUUAUGGAGAAACUGGAGGGGUGACAUUCUGACAAGUAAGCUGUAUUAAGAGCUCUACACAUGGGGCGCCUGGGUGGCUCAGUCAUUAAGAGCUCUACACAGAUAAGCGACCUCUUUAUUUCUCACAAAGGCAGACAACACACAAACUGGGAAGAACUGAAAUGCUGUUGAUUUUAUUUCUUGGAGAGUUAUUAAUUCUCUGUUUCUCUUAAGGGGUUUAGCCAUAACUGUGCAUAGAAGAAUAAUUAUUUUGCUCUAUCAAAAAAUGAAGGGGAUAAUAUGUGGUGAAUUAUGUUCUGAUAUCCUCCUACAGCAGUUAAAACUGACAACAGCAAUUUGAGUCUGUUUUCUUCUUAUCCCAGUCGUGGACCGAUGUUCCCUUUUUAUAUUCAUUUAUAUUCUUUUCCCCCCUUCUUCACUUUAUUUUAGACAAUUAGUAAUAUACUACUAGCUUUGUGACCCUGUAGCAACUUAAAGGAAAAGGCCACUUUGAUCUGGGGUAACCCAGCAACUCCUGCAGCACGGGCGGGGCAAGGGGCUACCCUUUCAGGAAUGAGGGGAGCUGAUUCCUGAGAAACAAGAAACAAUGCAUUUUUUUCCAUGAACGGUGCUGUUCUGAAGUCUUCAAAUUUUCCCUCUAAUAGGAAGCAGUGGACAUUUUAAUUAAAAAAAAAAAAAAAAGGCAAACUAAAAUUCUUGAAACAUCACUUCUCCCUGAACUGCAGUGAGUGUAAUUCACUUGUCACCUCAGUGCUUUACAGUUUGAAGUGGUUACUUAUCUGAUGGUUCCCACAAGCCUUAGGCUUUACAGGGUCAUAUCAUUGACUUAAAAUGAAGAAUUAACUUGUGUUACAUCUAUAGAGAGCAAAAUUACACACUCCAGAAUUUGCAGUUGUAGCAUUAGUUAUACAGUUUUGGGUGUUCUUGCCACCCAUGGGAUGCCUGCUUCUCACUACAACCUGUUUGGACACAUGCUUAUGUCUUAUUUUCCUUUUGGCAUGUAGAAAGCUGUUAAUACAGUUUAAGGCCAAAUUGUGUGUGGCUUCUAUAUGUAGAUAAGAUAUUUUGGUAUUCAUGUCCAUUUCAUUUAUUUUUUAAGUGUACAAAAAAAUAGCCUGUUAAUUGUUAAAAGCUACUUUUCUGUUUGUUUGUUUUUAAUUUUUUUCUCUCCUAUUCAUUUAGUUGAACUUUGUGGAAUUGUGGUGUUGGUUUUGUUUAUACAGCCAGAUUUUUUUCCCCCUUUUUGUGGUCUUCCUUGGUUCUUUGAAUGUGCUCUUCUAAUUUGUUUUUUCUCUGUUCUUAUAUAUUCUUUCCUCCACCCCAGCCCUUUCUUUCUUUCUCUCUCUGAUUGAGAGGCAUUGAAUUACGUUUUCAGUAGUACAGGCUUCUUGCCGAUAUGAAGGGAACUUUUCAGAAAGAGACCUACUCUGGGUCAUUUACUUUUGAAUACAGUUUUCAAUCGUUCAAGUUUUGGAUGGUUUAUAUCUAAUGUGUGUUUCAUUUUUUUGGAAAGCUAUAUUUUGUAUUUAGGAAAUGGUAUACUAUUUUGCUAUUUGUACUGAGUGAGUACAUUGGCAUAAAUAUAGAAAUUUAUAUAUAUACAUAUAUAUAAACUAUUCUUUUUUUGCCACACAUUUUUGUGGUAAAUUUGUGAGUUUGUCUGAUGUUCUACCACAACGUGGCGUCUGAUAACAGUGAGGGGGGGUUUGUUAUGUCUUUAUUGAGUAUUUAAGUAUCUUUUGAAACAAAUGACUUGUUCAUCUGUGGCCAUUCCAUCGGGCAGUUCCUUGAUGUUAUUAGUGGGCUAAAGGCAGCUUACUGUGUGUUUGCUGGAUCUUUCACUCAGCAAAAUGUUUGAGUAAGGAAACCCAUCUAGACAGUUGUGUCAAAUGGUGUUUCACAAGAAUGAGCCAUUCAGUCCUUGCUCACUAUAUAUUUAAUAUUUUAUUGUUAUUGUUAUUAUUAAUUGGCUUUCUGUAUUCUAUGCCUUUUAUUUAUAAUGACACUAAAAAAAAUCCCAUGUUUGUAAUUUUAAUAACAUUUUCCCCAUCUUGUAAUAUCCAGAGCUACUUUAUAAAUUCUCUGAACCAAAAGCAUUUUCCUCAAUAUAUCAUCUCUCCCCACCCCAUCAGGAAAAAUUACCCAGUAUAGUUCAGGUUAUAAGAAGGAUCAGCCACACAAUCCAGUGCUUCAGUUUUAAAAUGUAAAACUGUAACUGCAGAGGUAUAAAGAGGUAGCUUACCCAGCAGGUAUAAAAGUAAGAAGUAGAAAUAAAAUACUGUAAGUUUAUUUCUGAGUUUUCUGACUUUUUUUCUAAGAGAUUACACAGGAGACUCAGGAAAUCUAUUUGAUCACCAAGUUCCAAUUAGAAUGUUUGUUAACACUGCUCCGUGAAUGAAGUGUGAAGUGGUGGCAAGAGGACUGGCUUGUGUGCUGACUUCUGUUCUGUUGUUUAGCAAGAGGCUUAUCAUUGUAAAAUGCUGAUUGCCAAUACCAAGUCACCAGGGACCAAUUUUCUGUUGUAUAGUAUCUAAGUUUAGAACAGAACAUACACCUGAACUGUAUAGUGGCUUGAUUGGAUGGAGGCAGAAAACCCAAUUUUUAUUUUCAUAAAUUUUGUGGUUAUUUAUACAAGGGCUGCGCUAUGCUACCAUAUUCUUAUUCAAUAAUGAUGAAUUUUUUUUUUAACAUUGUUUAAUGUUCUUACCCCUAAAGGUCAAUGUUAAGUACAGCAUCUGAAUAUUUGGUUGCAAAAAGCCUUUGUCUUCUUACUGAAGAGUUAGCUCAGUGGUCAGUGGUUGAUACUUGUGCUAAUAAUACAAUUUCCAGAUUACUGUUACAAAUUAUAACUACAUAUGGGAGAAACUCCAUGAGCCAGCAAAGGCCUUGGAAGCAACAAUUUAUUAAAUUCAUUUAUGGCAGAAGGACCUAAAUAAAUGAUGAACCUUUUGUAUUCCUUUAAAUUGUUACAUUCAAUUGCUCUUGCUUUUAACAACUCACCUUAAUGCUUGGAGCUUAUCUGUGUGUGUGUGUGUGUGUGUGUGUGUGUGUGUGUGUGUUAUUCCUUAUUGUCAUUCCAUUAUAUAUCCACACCAACAUGGCAAAAGAUAAGUAGAAUUCAUAUUUGCUUCUGAGCUUUAUUUUGUUACCUUUGUAAUUAGGGUAUUGUGCUGUUAUUUAGUCAGUGCAAAUCUGUUUUUGCCAGUCUCCCUAGAACAAGUUUUUAAAGGGCUUUGUUUAUUAUAAAAGCAGAAGUAAUGAAGGAUCUCCCUUCCUUCCCUCCUUUUUUUUUUUGGGGGGGGGGUAAUGUUUUAUGUGCUAUAGUUGAGAAUUUCAUUGUAGUGCAUUUCUUGUCCAUCACAACUUCAUUUAAUCUGCCUAGGAAAAAUAAUGUCAAAGGAAAUGAGAAAGAACUUAUAUCUGAGUCCUUCUAGAACUAAGAUAAUAACUCCUUUUGACCAUUUAAACUGUUUUGGACGCUUGUUUUGGAAAAGUGAAAUCCGUUUAGACAGAUCAGUAAUUUAAGACCAGAAUUAAAGGCUGUAAUAAUCAAAGUCUCAAAAUAAACAUGGCUUAUAAAUAAUCACUAGGAGUAAUUUGAGAAUUUUUCAUUGUUCUCAUGAAAAUUCCUGUUCUAAAACCUGUUUCCUAGUUGAUUUUUUUUCUAAUUAACUGAAAAUUAUAUGAGGCCUGUUAGCUUUACUGUGCUUCAUGACCACAGGCUUCAUCGCUACCCAUUGCAGCCGUGUUGUAUCUGCACACCUUUGGUUAUAAAAGGAGGGACUUAGUGAAGACAGAGACCGUAUAGUUCAGCAGCUUUAUUAGAAAAAUAACUCAGAGUACAUGCCCUAGUAAGUUAGAUUAGUAGGAUCUUAUAUUAAAAAGAGGUUUUAUCCUCUGCUUAUUUGUGUCUCUAGAGCUAAAUCAUGGACAUAAUGUUCAUAAUGUAGUAAAUAUCAGAGUAACAUAGUGUCACUUGUGAAUUGUCCCAGUGCUCUAAUUACUUCUUUAAUCCCCAUUUGUUUUCUUGCCAUUCUAGCCUCAUUCAUUAAUAAAAUUAUAUUUUUACUCCACUUUCAGGAAAUUUUUUUAAAUUAAUAUUUUAUAUCUAGAUCAAAUGCUUAUGGGUAAGUGCCUUUUUACCAUGAUAGUACCCCUUUCUUGUAAUUUCGUUUUUCACUGUUGCCAAAAACAAAUACAAAAAUGAUUUCACUAGGCCCCAAUUUCAAUUUUUUCAUUUAGUCAUUCUUUUCUCCGUUUUUCGAGCAACGUAGAAAACAACUUCAUAAAUUUCUUCCUUUGCCUUACGUAAGAGUAACAAAGAAGAUACAUUGCUAGAAUUGUUCCUUUGAGGGGUGGUAAGUAAUAGAUUACAGAAUUAUACUGUUUCAGCUUUAUAUAAAUUAUCUAAAUUUGUCUUCAUCUUGACCAACUAAUGAUAGGUCUUAUCUGAAUGCUAAUGAAAAUUUCAUCUGUGAGAUUCCAUAUACACAAAUGUUUGUAGUUAAAUUUCAGGAAGGAAGUAUUUAAAGCAUCUUCUCUGAUCUUACUUAGAUGGAAGAAAAUAAAUCACUAACACAUAGUUUAGGUAAAAGCUGGUAAUGUCAACUUUUCUAACUCGACAAGGCCAUGUUGUAAUUCAUUGUAGUGCACCUCUUGCCUGUCAGAACCUUCAUAAUCUUUAUAAAAAAUAGUGUCAGAAGAAACAGAGAAGUUAUAUUGGAAUCUCUCUAUAACUAAGAUAAUGAUUCCUUUCAACAAGAUACAGUUGGAUUGAGUGUCCCUCUAGUUUUUGUUAAUUUUGCCUCUGUUCUAGCUCCUUAUUGCAGUGUUGGUGCCUAACGAGAGGGCAGGAUAGCAGUAGCCUUGAGAUAGAGCUGCUUUACCAUGUGAGUAUUUCUUUCACUUAGUGGCUCUGAAGACUGCAAACCUUUAUGCAAUUUUCUUAAUACCCUAAUGAUAUUAUGCACUUUAAUCAUUCCAAAGAACUCAAGAACGCUGUAUAGUGAUGAUUCCUUCUUAAUGAAUACAUCUUAACUCUUUACGUCCCUUUUUAUUUUGGAUAGCCAGCUUGGUAUAAGUGUUGUGCGAAUAUUUUCUAAAAUGACUGUAUAGUAGGACUUAAGACUUUGAAAUGUAAUUGACUAUAUGAGGAAAUGAUUACACUUCAGUAGAUCAUUUUAGAAAUAUUAAAUGUUCAGCUUGCUUAUCUGUAUGUUUGAGACUUAAUUAAAACCAGCUCUCUUCCAGUAUAUUUUGUGUCAUGUUUCUAAGAACCUUGUAGUGUAUAGCUUUCUACGUAAACAGUGUAAACCAGUGGUUUUCAAAGUAUGGUCCUCAGCCCACCAUCCAACAUCAGUAUCGCUUGGGAACUAGUUAGAAGUGCAGAUUUUGGGCCCUAUCAUAGACAUACUGAAUCAGAAACUCUGGCAUGGGGCCUAGCAAUUUGUGUUUUAACAAGCCCUCCAGGUGAUUCUGAUGUACGCUCAUUUGCAAACCACUGGGACAAAUGUUAUACAGUAGGAUCUAGAAAGGUCCCGCCCCAGUCAUACAAAUAGUUAUAUAUUGUUCUUUAUGUAAAUUCAGUUUAACCUGGUUAUCCAUAAUCAUUUAUUGGCAAUGAUAAUUUAUUCUCAGUACUGCCUAUAGAAAUAUAGUAUGUUUUAUAUAUAUAAAGUUAUUGAUAAUUCAGUUAACUUAGUUUGGCAUUUUAUUACCAUUUACUAAAAAGUUUACAUUAAAUGACUGAUUUAAAUAUAUAGGUGCAAUCUUCUCUAUUUCUUUUAGUUGUUAUGAUAUUUAAGUAGCUAAAACAAUAGACGGGUGCUAAAGUCUCCUGUUUAUCCAUGAAAUGGGUACAUUGUGGGCAGUGAUAAUACAAGCUUUCUUUUCAUUGCCUCUUACUUUACCAGCAGACCACAAUUUUGGUCUGGCUAGACCAACUCUCAGAACAUCAUUCCUUGUAUUUAUAUUUGUAUCUGAGAUAUUAAACAAGAUGGCUGGCCAGGUCAACAAAGCACCUCAUUUAAUUUCUUUUUUAAAUAGAUAAAACUUAUUUAAAAGUAGCUUGGUUUGUAUGAGAACUGAUGCAGUAGAGAUAUAGCUAUUCUUGGAACUUAUGCUUCAGACAAGAAUUAUUUACUAAAAUAAAUAUUGGACAAGACAGUGCAUUAUAUAAUCUGGGCAUUUCUCCCUUCUCAAUUGUAUGCCUUGUGGUAAAUAUCAACCAACAAGAUAAGUAGAUUGAUCCAUUCAUUUUAAUCUCCAUGUGUAAUUCAGUACCUCCAUAAUUGCUAUAAUCUUCCUUCCACUGUUUACAAAUCACCCAAUUAAUUAACUCAUGGAAGAAAAAAUGCACAUUCAAAAUAAAAAUAAUUGUAUAUUCACUUUAUAAAAAUCACCACUGCUGUCUUUGCUUAAUACUAGCAGUGGAAAUGUAAGUAAGUGGCUUACUCUCCAAACCUUGGUGCUGGCAAUACAUAGGCAAACGGUGGGGAGAUGCUCUAGGUACAUUCCUCCUUUCUUGUUCCCUUUCCCUUUCCCCCCACUUUAUUGCAUAAUAUAUUCCUGUAUCCAAGGAAUUCUACCACAAUUCUAUUUGACUCCAACUUGUAAUAUCUUUUAAAAGACCCAUGUUUAACCAUUUCAUCCUUGUUCUCUUUUUUUUUCUCCAGAAGUAAUUUGGUUUGAAACAGUUUAUAAGGGUUGCUUCUUAUUUUAGCUAAUGAACCUCAGGACAACACACACGUACACAUACACACACACCAUCUCAGAUGUUUGAGAGUGGCUUCGGAAUCAGACUAAUGUGCCCAGUAAAGAGCUGUCCUGCACUGAAGUAUUUAUGACUUGAGUAGCUACAAACUGAUUCCAGUGACAUUGAGCUAAUUUCUUUUGAGCUAAUGAAUGUAUCUGCUCACCUUGUUCCCUUCUACUUGAUAAGCUCCAAGUAGUGGCUGCUUUUUUUGGUCAGCUUUUACUGAGUUUUAGUCACUUCUUGUGCUUAGUCUUUUAAUUAACAUACUGCAAAUAUUUCAUUAACCUAUUCUCAAGUGCUUUAGCUACCAUUCUGCCAUUUAAGUUUUUAAAUUUUAUUUUAUUUUGCUCGAGCACACUGGUCAACCACUGAACUGCCUUCUUCCAUUGUUCUGCAAUGACAUAAGGGUUACAUUUUUGUGUAUAUGGCUUUCAUAGUUGGGAUAUCAGAGCACUGACACCAGAUAUUUUCAGUUUGUUCUGUGGGGGAAUUUCAUUUGCAUCUAUGUUUUUAGCUAUCUGUGAUAACUUGUUAAAUAUUAAAAAGAUAUUUUGCUUCUAUUGGAACAUUUGUAUACUCGCAACUAUAUUUCUGUAAACAGCUGCAGUCAAAAAUAAAACAUUGAAAGUUUUCA